GAGCGUCUCUAAAGUUUGACCGGUGUGUCGUUUAGUCGCAUAACCUGCACCCUCUCACUGCCGAUCAAACAAACCGACCACCGAACUUCACGGAGCAAAAAGUGACCCCGGACACGCAGCGGGGACGCGCGGAGGACACGGAGAGGGCUCCGGGAGGAGAAGCCCCCAAAGUUUUGUGUUAAAGGACUCUGUGCUGGAUGAGUAACCCAGGAAACAAAAGAGUACAUUUACUACUGUAGCGCCACACUGACUGACUGACUCUGUGAGUGUCCUCCGUCCUGCACACUCUCAGGAGGAAGAUGAUGCACUGAAACUUUUGGAUCUGCUGCCUUCGUCUUUCUGGGUUUUUGUUGGGAAUCCCACUAACAACACAUGAGUGGGAUUGACCGGACGCGCGGGUUCCAUACAGUAAAUCCCCGGGGAUUAAAAUAACGAGGGCAAUGGAUAAUUUCUUCACGGAGGGUGACCGGGUGUGGUUACGGGAGGAUGAGCAGUUCCUCCCCAGCACUGUGUCCUCUUGCUCCGGGGGUGUUGUCGUCUUUGCCACAGACUAUGGCCAGGUCUACACCUACAAGCAGAAUACACUCACCAGGCAGAAGGUGCAGCCCAUGCACCACAGCAGCAUCAGAGGGGUGGAGGACAUGGCGAGCCUCGAGGACCUUCACGAUGGCGCCAUCAUGCACAACCUCUACCUGCGCUACAAGCAGAGACACAUCUAUACAUACAUCGGUUCCAUCCUGGCAGCGGUGAACCCGUACCAGCCGCUCCCUGGCCUGUACGAUCGACCUGCUGUGGACACGUACAGCCAGCACCACCUCGGUGAAAUCUCGCCGCACAUCUUUGCCGUCGCCAAUGAGUGCUACCGGUCGCUGUGGAAGAGGCUGCAGAACCAGUGUGUCCUCAUCAGUGGAGAGAGUGGAGCUGGUAAAACAGAAAGCACCAAGCUGAUCCUGAAGUUCCUGUCUGCCAUGAGCCAACACUCACUGGAAGUAUCGUCCCGAGACAAGACAUCACAUGUGGAAGAGGCGCUGCUGGAGAGCAGUCCCAUCAUGGAGGCCUUUGGGAACGCCAAGACUGUGUACAACAACAACUCCAGCCGCUUUGGGAAAUUUGUCCAGCUGCAUUUCAGCCAGAAAGGCAACAUCCAGGGAGGCAAAAUUGUCGACUACCUCUUAGAAAAGAACCGAGUGGUCCGGCAGAACCCGGGGGAGAGAAACUACCACAUUUUCUACGCCAUAUUAGCAGGGACUAACAACCAGCACAGAGAGGCGUUCGGCUUGACACAUCCUGACAGCUACCACUACCUGAGACAGUCCGACUGCCACGCCGACAAGACAAUCAAUGACAAGGGCACUUUUCAGGAUGUUCAGAAUGCCAUGCGGACAAUGCAGUUCUCAGAGCAGAACAUCACCGAGAUCCUGCGCCUCCUGGCCGGGAUCCUCCAUGCGGGGAACAUCGAGUUUGUGACGGCCGGAGGAGCUCAGAUUUCCUCCAAAUCAGCUCUCAGCUGGACAUCUGAACUCUUGGGGCUGAACUCAGAUCAGUUAGCUGAGGUCCUGACGCACCGGUCCAUGAUCCUCAGGGGCGAGGAGAUCUCCACACCGCUAACUGUGGAACAGGCGGUGGACUCCCGGGACUCCAUGGCCAUGGCACUUUAUUCUCAGUGUUUCAACUGGAUCAUCCGCAGACUCAACGGCCGCAUCAAGGGCAAAGAAGACUUCAAGUCCAUCAGCAUCCUGGACAUCUUUGGAUUUGAGAACUUUGAGGUCAACCGCUUUGAGCAGUUCAACAUCAACUAUGCAAAUGAGAAGCUUCAGGAAUAUUUUAACAAGCACAUUUUCUCCCUGGAGCAACUUGAAUACAAUAAGGAAGGCCUGGUUUGGGUUGACAUAAACUGGAUGGACAAUGGAGAAUGUCUGGAUUUGAUUGAGAAGAAACUGGGUCUUCUGGCACUGAUGAAUGAGGAGAGUCACUUCCCCAAAGCCACGGACGACACCUUACUGGAGAAACUCCACAGCCAGCACUCAAAAAACCCUUUCUAUGUGAAGCCGCGUGUUGCUGUGCACUACUUUGGAGUCAGACACUAUGCAGGAGAGGUGGUGUAUGACGUGCGGGGGAUGCUGGAGAAGAACAGAGACACCUUCAGAGACGACAUCCUGAACAUGCUGAGGGAGAGCAGGUUGGACUUCGUCUAUGAUCUCUUUGAACACGUACUGAGCCGGAACAAACAGGACACUCUGAAGAGCAGCAUCAAGCACAGACGGCCCACAGUCAGCUCCCAGUUUAAGGACUCUUUGCACUCCCUGAUGGCCACGCUCAGCACCUCCAACCCAUAUUUUAUCCGGUGCAUCAAACCAAAUACACACAAGAUGCCUGAUCAGUUUGACCAGACCUUGGUUCUCAACCAACUCAGGUAUUCCGGCAUGUUGGAAACGGUCAAGAUUCGACGCACCGGCUUCCCCGUCCGGAGAACUGUCCAGGACUUCUGCUCGAGGUACAAAGUACUGAUGCGUGGUUCAUCGAUGCCAGAUGACCCCAGAGGGUGCUGCACCCAGCUGCUGCACCUCUAUGACAGCAGCCGGGCAGAGUGGCAGCUGGGCAAGACCAAGGUCUUCCUUCGGGAGUCUCUGGAGCAUCGCCUGGAGAAGCAGAGGGAGGUGGAGGUGCUGAAAGCAGCCAUGAUCAUCCAGGCCCAUGUCAUGGGCUUCAUGGCCAGGAAGCAGUACAAGAAGCUGCUGCAGUGUGUUGUGGUCAUCCAGAGGAACUAUCGGGCUUUCUACUGGAGGAGGAAGUUCUUGCUGCUCCGCUGGGCAGCGCUCACCUUCCAGAAGCAUCUGCGAGGGCAGCUGGCCCGUCGGACCUACACCCGGAUGCUGGAGGAGAGGAGGAAAAGGGAGGAGGAGGAGCGCCGCAAGUGGAUGGAAGAGAUGGAGAGGGAGAGACAGAGGCUGGAGGCUGAGAGACUCAGCAGAGAGGCUGAGGAAGCCAGGCGAGCAGAGGAGCUGCGUCGUGCUGAGGAGCUGGCCUCUCUGCUUUUGUCUCAGGCUCAAAACGCAGCAGCAGCUGCAGCAUCACCGGACGCCUUUGAGGAGCUGGAGUCAGCGGAAAGCUCUGUGGAGGCGUCGGAAGAGGAGGAGGCAAUACGUCCACACGAGGCGUCUCAAGUGGAGGAAAUUCUUCGUCUGGAGCGGGAGAUCCAAGCGCUGCAGAGGCAGAAGGAGCGUCAGGAGCUCUCUUUGACUGAAGCCUCCCUGAACCGCCUGCAGCGCCUUCGCGACCAGGAGCUGCGGCGGCUGGAGGAUGAAGCCUGCAAGGCGGCACAGCAGUUCCUGGACUCACUGAACUUUGACGAGAUUGACGAGUGCGUGAGGAACAUUGAGAGCUCCUUGGGCGUGGGUGAAGAGGAUGAGAAGAAGGAGGACGGCCAGAGGAGAGGCGGUGAAGAAGAAGAGGUCGAUGAAGGGUUCGGGGCUGAUGACGAUGCCUUCAAAGACUCACCAAACCCAAGUGAACACGGCCACUCGGAUGGCCAGCGCACGAGCGGGAUCCGAACGAGCGAUGACUCUUCUGAAGAAGACCCGUACGCCAACGAUGCUGUGAUACCAUCGCUGCCUCCGACCACCGUGCUUCAUCACUCUUUGCCAAUGAUGCCUUCAGCCUGCCACAGCGCCUCAUCCAGCGGGGACUCAGCUUACUGCCAUCCUCAGGCUUCAUCUGAGGCUCAGUCCGAUGAGCUGGUGGAGCUGAUACCUCCUGAUGAGGAUUCGGACUAUGACCAGGACGACUAUGAUGAGGGUGCCAUCGUGUCUAGUGGUAGCAUGGCUUUCUCCAACCCUCGCAGUGGGCAGUGGUCUCCGGAUUACCGCGGAUCUGUCGGCACCUACAACAGCUCAGGGGCUUACCGCUUCAGCUCCGAGGGGGCUCAGUCAUCGUUUGAGGACAGCGAGGACGACUUCGACAGGUUCGACACAGAUGAUGAGCUGUCUUAUCGUCGGGACUCGGUCUACAGCUGCGUCACGCUCCCGUACUUCCACAGCUUCCUCUACAUCAAAGGUGGUCUGAUGAACACGUGGAAGCGGCGUUGGUGUGUUUUGAAGGACGAGACUUUCCUGUGGUUCAGAGCCAAGCAGGAGGCUCUGAAGCAGGGCUGGCUGCACAAGAAGGGCGGGGGCUCGUCGACGCUGUCCCGCCGCAACUGGAAGCGGCGCUGGUUCGUGCUACGCCAGAGCAAGCUCAUGUACUUCGAGAAUGACAGCGAGGAGAAGAUGAAGGGGGUGCUGGACAUGCACAAUGCCAAAGAAAUCAUCGAUAACACCGGGAAGGAGAACGGCAUCGACAUAGUGAUGCCAGAGAGGACCUACCAUCUGAUCGCCGAGUCUGCUGAGGAUGCCAGUCAGUGGUUCAGCGUGCUGAGUCAGGUCCACAUCUCCACAGAGCAGGAGAUCAGAGAGAUGCAUGAUGAGCAGGCCAAUCCCCAGAAUGCUGUGGGAACCCUGGAUGUGGGCAUGAUCGAUUCAGUGUGUGCGUCAGAUAAUCCAGAGAGGCCAAACUCCUUCGUCAUGAUCACGGCGGACCGCGUGCUGCACUGCAACGCUGACACGCCUGAGGAGAUGCACCACUGGAUCACUCUGCUGCAGCGCUCCAAAGGAGACACCCGAGUCGACGGGCAGGAGUUCAUCAUCCGAGGCUGGCUGCACAAAGAGAUGAAGAACAGCACCAAAGUCUCACUGAAGCUGAAGAAGCGCUGGUUCCUGCUUACCCACAAUUCCCUGGACUACUAUAAGAGCUCAGAGCGUAACGCCCUGAAGCUGGGGACGCUGGUGCUGAACAGCCUCUGCUCAGUGGUUCAGCCGGACGAGAAGGUCUUCAAAGAGACCGGAUACUGGAACGUGAUCGUGUACGGCCGUAAACACUCAUACCGACUCUACUGCAAGCUGCUGACUGAAGCCACGCGCUGGGCCAACUCCAUCCAGAACGUUAUUGAUACCAAAGCUCCCAUCGACACGCCCACCCAGCAGCUCAUCCAGGACAUCAGGGAGAACUGUCUGAACUCUGAGGUCGUGGAGCAGAUCUACAAGAGGAACCCCAUCCUGCGCUUCAGUCACCAUCCUCUGCAUUCACCGCUGCUGCCGCUGCCCUACGGGGACAUCCAUCUCACCACUCCAAGAAGCAGAAGCUACACAACCUUGCAGGAUGAGGCCCUCAAGGUGUUCAGCUCUCUGCAGCACCUGGAGGGUGUGGCUGACCCUGUGCCCAUCAUCCAGGGCAUCCUGCAGACGGGCCAGGAGCUCAAACCGCUGCGAGAUGAGCUCUACUGCCAGCUCGUCAAGCAGACCACACGGCCGCCGCAGCCCGGCAGUCCCGGGAACCUGUGCAACUGGAAGAUCCUCGCCUGCAUGUCCUGCACCUUCGUCCCGACAAGAAGCAUCCUCAGAUAUCUCAAGUUCCACCUGAAGAGGACUCGUGAGCUCUUCCCCUGCUCCGAGAUGGAUCGUUACGCUGCCUUCACCCUCGACUCGCUGAGGAAGACUCGAGCCAGGGAGAACGUGCCAUCUCAGGAGGAGAUCCGCUGCAUCGUGGCCCGACAGGACAUGAGCACCACCGUCCACUGCCACGGAGGAGGCUCCUGCAAGAUCACAAUCAACUCACACACCACUGCAGGAGAGGUGGUGGAGAAACUGAUCCGCGGUCUGGCCAUGGAGGACAGCAGGAACAUGUUUGCCCUGUUUGAACACAACGACACCACAGAGAAAGCCAUCGAGAGCCGCACCGUGGUGGCUGACGUGCUCGCCAAGUUUGAAAAGCUUUCAGCGAGCGCAGAUGAAUGCAGCACCGGCUGGAAGUUUUACUUCAAACUCUACUGCUUCUUGGACACGGACAGCGUCCCCAAAGACAGCGUGGAGUUUGCCUUCAUGUUUGAACAGGCCCAUGAAGCUGUCAUCCGUGGUCAGUAUCCAGCUCCUGAGGAGACUCUUCAGUUCCUGGCUGCUCUGAGACUUCAGUACUUACUGGGUGACCAGAACUCCCAGUCCACCAUCCCUGAAAUGUCCCAGGUGUUCCCCAUGUCUCGACUGCGUGCCCGGGUGCAGAACUCGGCUAAGACAUUCGCUCCGGGCACCGGAUCGGUGGCUGACCGCUCGGGCACGGUGGAGAGGAAACGCUCGAGUUUCCUGGAGGGAACACUGAGGCGGAGCUUCAGGAGCGGCUCGUUGAGUCGGCAGAAGCUGGAAGAGGAGAACAGCCUGGAGGCCUGGAUGAGGGAGGAGGCAGCAGCGGUGAGAACCAGCGUGAUGGACAAAUGGAAGAAGCUGCAGGGGAUGAACCAGGAGCAAGCUAUGGUCAAAUACAUGGCACUGGUGAAGGAGUGGCAGGGAUACGGAUCUACUUUGUUUAAUGUCGAGUGUCGUGACGGCAUGUUCCCCUCUGAGCUGUGGCUGGGUGUGAGCCGGGAGGCCAUAUCGGUGUACAAACGAGGGGAGCCGUGGCCUCUGGAGGUGUUCCCAUAUGAGCAGAUACUCUCCUUUGGAGCUCCGCUGCCCAACACCUACAAAAUCACUGUGGAGGGCCGAGAGCUGGUCUUUGAAACCCAAAUGGUGAUGGACAUCGCCAAGCUGAUGAAGGCCUACAUCAGCAUGAUCGUCAAAAAGCGCUACAGCAACUGUCAGUCCGUCAGCAGCCAUGGCAGCCACUGUAGCGCCUGGUGAACUCCGCCCUUUAACCCUUGACCCCGUAGCUACGUGCCAGAGUGCAGCUGGAGGGCCAAGCGUGGCCGUGCCGGCCGUCCAUCCUCUGCACUCUCGAGCGUGUCCCGACAGACUGACUCUGAAUGCUGGAGAGAAGAAGAAGAAACACAGAAUGCUCUUAAUGGAAAGUAGCUCAACUUAUUUUGAACUGGUUUCUUUUCAAAACCCUAAACAUCCACCCACCC